UUUCGAGCAAAUGGUAAAUCACAUAAUCCCCUCACCACCCUUCGCGGACCCCCAUUGCUUUAAUAAAGUGGUUCUUCACUCAAUUGGGUAUAGUAAUUAAAACAGAAAUUGCAAAGCCUCUCCUAAGUAAGCCCUUUGUCAGAUCCAUCUAAUAAUGGCAACAAGGGCCAUCUCCGCAGAUGCAGCUGUUGUGGAAAUUCUUAAUGGCCGUAACUAUGUGGAUUGGAGUGUAUUGGUUAAAACUUACUUGUUGGCUCAAGACCUUUGGGAUGUAGUGGAAGAAGAACAUGAAGACGACGACGAAGAAGAAGAAGAAGAAGCUGAUGAUAAGUUCAAAGCUUGGAGGAAGAAGAAUGCCACUGCUUUACAUAAAAUCCAAAUUUCGUGUGGGCGGGAAGCUUUUUCCCUCAUUAGAAACGCCACUUCAGCCAAACGCGCUUGGGAUACUUUGGCAGAAAAGUUCAAGCAAAAACCAGAUGCUGCAAUUGCUGCCAAGCAUGAUCCGUAUCAACCUUUCUUCGCUGCUGUUAAGCUUGGUGAUUGGCGUAAAGCGAAGGAAUUUCUUACCCGAGAUCCCAAUGCAAUAAGAGCAAGAUAUUCAACAGGAGGGACAGCUCUUCACAUUGCAACCAAGUUCGGACAUGAGCAUAUUGUGGAAGAGUUGGUUCAGUUGAUGACACCGGAAGACUUGGAAAUGCAAGAUGUUACUUGGACAGCUCUUCAUCUUGCUGCAAGAUUAAAUCUCAAAAUGGUUGAAUGCAUGGUUAGAAAGAACAAGAAACUACUUGGCAUUGUUGAAGAGUCCCACCGUCUGACACCAAUUCUCUUCGCUGCUAAGAAUGACUUAUGGGAUAUCGUUCGUUAUCUCUACUCCGUCACUCCGAUCCAAGACCUAAUGCCAGAGAAUGGCCCUUAUGGCGCUGGACUUGUUUGCUUUUGUUUACUAGCCAAACAAUUUGUAGAUAUUGCGUGGGAAUUACUUCAGCGUUGCCCACGAUUGGUAAUUACUAAAGAUGUUGUGGGAACAUCCCCUAUACGUGCAUUGGCUGGCAUCCCUUCUGCAUUUCCGAGUGGGACGCCGCUCAAAUUCUGGGAAAAAUGGAUCUAUGAUGGCAUACACAUACAACAUCCUCCUGCCAUCCAUGAUGUUCACGUCAAUGUUGAAAAUCUAGAAGAGAAACUGGGCAACCAAAAUAUCAGUUUCUCAGUCUUCGGUUUCACGCAAGGGCCUUCUUCAAGCCUCUGCAAGCUUUUAGGAAUCAACCGCAUAUGUGAAAUGAAAUUGAUCCACGCUCGAUCCCUAGAUAUUUUGGAUUACAUGUGUGAAGUGGUAAAACAUCUAGACACUCAAGAAAUGGAAGAUGGCCUUGUCUAUGCAGCAAUAUUCCGAGCUGUACAAAGGGGGAUUAUUGAGUUCGUUAUUCGUUUAUGUAAAGUAGAUCCGGAUAUAUUGUGGAAAACAAAUUCAAUGGGAAGGAACAUCUUUCAGUAUUCAAUUGAGUGUCGCCAGGAAAAAGUAUAUAGCCUCAUAUAUGGGGUUGGUCAGAGAAAUCUUAUUGCAACAUUUUCAGAUGCUUCUGGAAAUGAUAUGCUACAUCUUGCAGGGAUGCUAUCUCCAACAGAAAAACUUGAUCUUAUUUCAGGUGCAGCCUUGCAAAUGCAGAGAGAAAGACAAUGGUUCAAGGAGGUGAAAAGUCUUGUAGUUUUACCCUCGGGAGUGGGAGCUUUCAAUAAACAGGGUAUGAGACCCCAUGAACUAUUUACCCAGAACCAUAAUAAAUUGAAGGAAGAAGGAGAAAAGUGGAUGAAAGAUGCAGCAACCUCUUGUACAGUUGUAGGUGCUCUCACUAUUACCAUCAUGUUUGCUGCAGCCUUCACGGUGCCUGGUGGAAACAAUGGAGGAACAGGCUUUCCCUUGUUCUUAGAUGAAAAGAUGUUUUUGGUUUUUAUAGUUUCAGAUGCUAUAUCACUCUUUUCUUCCACCACUUCAGUGUUGAUGUUUUUGGGAAUCCUUACAUCACGAUAUGCAGAAGACGAUUUUCUAAAAUCCUUACCCACAAAGAUGAUAAUCGGCCUUUCAACACUCUUGAUUUCCAUCGCUUCCAUGAUGGUUGCCUUUUGUUCUGCUCUUUUCCUUAUGCUUCAUGAAAAACUAUGGAUUGUCAUUCCAAUCAUUUUCCUCUCCAGCGUUCCAGUCACCUUAUUUAUUUGGAUGCAAUUUCCUGUUCUUGUUGAGAUUUUCAUUUCUACAUAUGGAGGAGGGAUAUUUGACAAGAAAGUGAGACGGUGGAUAUAAAUUCUUGAUGGUAUAUGAAAAAUUGUAUAACUUUGUAUGUAAUUUCCUGAAUUUGGAAGAUAUUGUUGAAUGGGAGAACCUUUAAAUCUCUCCUCUCCCUUCUAAUGUGAUUUUUGAGUGAUCGAGUUGGUGUUGCUAUGUACCCUCCGUUUGGAUGAAAGAAUUAAUUACAUAGUUGUUAGAUUU